AGUACUUCAUUUUGAUUUUUGAGCAUGUGCAGCUGUGCUUGGGCAGUGGUGUUUUUCUUCUUUUUUUUUUUUUGGAUCCUUGUUCUUGACAUCUUAUUGCAUAUCUUGGUAUAUAUGGUUUCCUUUUCAAUUCAUCCAUGCAUGGUAACUUUGCAAGUUACAACAAAUAAGUCAUUGCAAAUAAAUUUGGUGGCUUAAUUCAGAUUCAGAUUUUUGAAAAUACAUUCAUGAUUUGUUGAUGGUUUCAAUUGCAUCAAAUAAAGUAUUCGCAAAUCCAAUUUCAUGAAUUCAUUGAGAAUUGAGAUAUUAGAAAAUGCUUUCAUGAUUCAUGAAUGGUGACUUUGCAACAAUCACCAAAUAAAUUAUUUAUAUCAAUGAUAUCACUUCCUACAUUCCUCAUGGGAUAUUGAUUAGCAAAUGCCAGAUAGAGAAUAGACUUAGCUGUACAUAUGCUUCACCAAAUACACACUUGUUGUAAUUGUAAGUUUGUAAUGUUAAACAAGCUACUACUUUAAUUUCCAUGGUCCAAUGGCCUCAUCGGCAGAAACCCACAGCCAUCUCCAUGGUGACAAAGAUCAAGAACAUUCGUCUUAUGCCGUGCAGCUUGUUAACUUAUCAGUGCUGCCCAUGGCUCUUCAUGCAGCAAUUCAACUGGACUUUUUUCCAGAUCAUUUCAGAAGCUGGUGCAGAUGUCAAGCUCACACCACAAGAGAUUGCUUCCCGGUUGGCCACUCGCAAUCCGGAUGAGCCAAUGAUGCUGGACUGCAUCCUCAGUCUCUUAGCUACCCACAGCGUGGUAACUUGCUCUGUUGACGUUGACGAUCGUGGUGAUCCUCAGAGGCGGUACGGUUUGGCACCUGUGUCCAACGACUUCAUCCAAAAUGGAUCGAGAUGGUGUUUCUUUAGGCUCCUUGCAGACCUUGGCUCAGGACAAGGUCUUCUUAGAUGGUUGGCAUGUGACAAUCAAUUGAUUCCCUCGUUUUAAAUUACUAAUACUAUAAAUUUUUUGAUUCUGUUGUAGUGCAGUUCAUUGAAAUGAAUAAAUUUGAAGGUUUAGAGUGAUCUCGCAGGAAAAGUUGGGUUGCUUAUACAAAUCACUGUGUUUUAGAUGGAAAAUUAGCUUAGGCCAUCCAUAAUGGUUUUUGGGUGUCCUCCACAACCUUUCUUAUGUGGUUAUCUGUUACCUUGCUUGGAGAUCAUUCUUCAACUUUUCUUUUCCUGUUGAUCCUAGAUUUUUUUUUUUUUUACCCCUUUAGAAGAAGGUAAGUUCUUGUGUUGCAAAAAUCCCAAACUAGGGGUAUUUACAUGUAUAAUCAGGCAUACCGGGGUUCUGUACACACUGUAACUCCCUAAUUUCAACAUGACAAAUUGGGAUAUUGCAGUAUCACUCUUCUUAAGAUAUGAGGAGAUCAAGCACCCUUAGCAAAAUCUCAAUUAUUGUGAGCAGCAGCCUUUAUUUUUUAUGUACUUAUGGACAGUGUAUUGGUAGUACUAUUCUUUCUUCAAUAAGUUUAGUAGUGAUGGGAGCAGCACUUAUUAAUGUUAUGAAUGCUCUGGUUUGGGAGUAGAGCAGGGUGUCAUUAGUACCUCAUUUAUUUCUUUCUCUUGCCAUCCGUAUGAGUUUGAUUGGUCCAGGCCACUCCCCCCACAUUAACUUCCCUUUAUCUCUACCAUAUCCAUACUUCUCAUAUGAACCCUUCUUUUGAUGUGAGACUCAUUCGAACCUUCCAUUUCAUGGCACCAGCAUUAAAGGCAGUUGUUUGGU